CCCCGCGCCCAGCUCUCAAGUUCAAGGGCGACGCCCCUCACCAGCGGAGUUACCCCGCGCGGCGAGCUCGCCGGCCCUAUCGACCCCGACCGGCCCUCUGCGCCCAGCGCCCCUCCGGUCCCCGGAGCCGCCCGCGCGCCCGGCGGGGCCAUGCCCGGGCUGCGCCGGGACCGCCUGCUGACCCUGCUGCUGCUGGGCGCGCUGCUCUCCGCCGACCUCUACUUUCACCUGUGGCCCCAGGUGCAGCGCCAGCUGCGGCCCCGCGAGCGCCCGCGGAGCUGCCCCUGCGCGCGCCGCGCCCCCGCCUCCGCCUCGGACCCCCGCACGGCCGCGCACAACUUCUCCCGAGCCCGGCCGGGGCCAGAGCGGGACCGCGGCGGCCGCAGUGGCCCCGGCUCCAAGCUGCAGGCCCUCUUCGCCCACCCGCUGUACAACGUCCCGGAGGAGCCGCCGGUCCUCGGGCCGGAAGACUUGCUCCUGGCCGGCCAGGAGGCGCUGCGCUAUUACCGGAGGAAGGUGGCCCGCUGGAACAGACGACACAAGAUAUACAGAGAGCAGCUGAACCUCACUUCCCUGGACCCCCCAGUGCAGCUCCGACUCGAGGCCAGCUGGCUCCAGUUCCACCUGGGAAUCAGCCGCCACGGGCUGUACCCCCGAUCCAGUCCUGUCGUCAGCAAACUGCUCCGCGACAUGAGGCACUUUCCCACCAUCAGUGCUGAUUACAGUCAGGACGAGAAAGCCUUGCUUGGGGCGUGUGACUGCACCCAGAUUGUGAAGCCCAGUGGGGUCCACCUCAAGCUGGUUCUGAGGUUCUCAGACUUCGGGAAGGCCAUGUUCAAACCCAUGAGACAGCAGCGAGAGGAAGAGACGCCCGCCGACUUCUUCUACUUCAUUGACUUCCAGAGACACAAUGCCGAGAUUGCAGCUUUCCACCUGGACAGGAUCCUGGACUUCCGACGGGUGCCACCAACAGUGGGGAGGCUAGUCAAUGUCACCAAGGAAAUCCUAGAGGUCACCAAGAAUGAAAUCCUGCAGAGCGUUUUCUUUAUCUCUCCAGCCAGUAACAUGUGCUUCUUCGCCAAGUGUCCAUACAUGUGCAAGACCGAGUACGCCGUCUGUGGCAACCCCCACCUGCUAGAGGGCUCUCUCUCCGCGUUCCUGCCGUCCCUCAACCUGGCCCCCAGGCUGUCUGUGCCCAACCCCUGGAUCCGCUCCUACUCGCUGGCCGGAAAAGAGGAGUGGGAGGUCAAUCCUCUGUACUGUGACACAGUGAAGCAGAUUUACCCGUACAACAGCAGCGACCGGUUGCUCAACGUUAUCGACAUGGCCAUCUUCGACUUCCUGAUCGGAAAUAUGGACCGUCACCAUUAUGAGAUGUUCACCAAAUUUGGGGAUGAUGGGUUCCUUAUUCACCUGGACAAUGCCAGAGGGUUUGGGCGACACUCCCAUGACGAAAUCUCCAUCCUCUCGCCUCUCUCCCAGUGCUGCAGGAUAAAAAAGAAAACACUCUUGCACCUGCAGCUGCUGGCCCAAGCUGACUACAGGCUCAGUGACGUGAUGCGGGAGUCACUGCUGGAGGACCAGCUCAGCCCCAUCCUCACAGAGCCCCACCUCCUCGCCCUGGACCGGAGGCUCCAGGUCAUCCUAAGGACCGUGGAGGGGUGCAUAGCGGCCCACGGAGAGCAGAGUGUCGUAGCCAGUGGCCCAGCAGAACAGGCAGCCCCAGACUCUGGCCAGGCUAACCUGACAAGGUAGGGGCUGGACGAGCCCAACUGCAGAAACGACACCUGCAGCCACGGUGGACUCGAGUGUGGACCUCUGCGUCCUCACGUGCCCUGGCCCAAGCUGGAGGCCCUGGGUUGUGAGCUCAGGGAGCAGGUAGGGCAUUGGGACGGUCCUCAAAGAGCCGAAGUGGGACCCUGGCCUGCCUUCCUGGUGCAUUGUUUCUCGAGUGGACUGACUGCCCUGGCUCCGCAGACCACCACCUGAGCCCACUGGGAAAUCUGGAUGAAUCCAAGGUCAGACUUGAAGGGUAUGGAAGCCUUAAUCCCAGAAGAGAGUAUUGUUACAAAUUAAAUAAAAGGACAUCAAGUGGACACCUAA